GCCAUCCCACUGUGCGCUCUACGCUGCAUUGGUGUGCGUGAAGCACAACACGCACCCUCGGAAUACACACGCACACACGGGCACGUUAAUGUACAAAAAUUCCACAGCGCGUUGAUUGUUUCGGGGCAGCUCCUCCGCUCGUCCUAAUUUUCAUUUUAUUGUUAUUUACUUUAGUUGCGUUCGGUUUGCGUUUAAUCUGUUCGAACCUCGUUUUACUGGCGCUCGGUGGCACGUGUAAGGUGUGCAGUACGGGCCCUCUUUUCCUCUGUUUGUGACCGUGUGCGUGGUUGGCCUUUUUUUUUCUUUCUUUGGUGUUGCGUUCGUUCCUGUUACAACAAAGUGGCUUCUUCUUCUGCUGCUUGGCGCUGUGUGGCCCACCGUCAUCGCUCGGCAAAGCAGAGAAGAGCGCCGUGAGUGAGUUAAAGUGCUGACCUCGCUGGGGUGUUGCGGAGUCCAAAGAAGGGACACAGUUGGUGGAGAGGGGGUGGCCAGGGACAGUGUUGUGUGAGCGUGUGCUGCGAUCGCUGGUGGAUCUAGUGAGACGCGGGUGAUCGUGGAAAAAAGAAGCUAUAAUAGCUUGGUGAAGAAAGCGAAGCGGAACGGGAAACUUGCGAAUGCAAAUAAAUUUCCGUACUUAAAUACCUCCCCCCCCUUGGCGAACGGAGGACGCGGGUGUGUGUGUGGAUCGCCAGCGGGGCGUUUUCUUUUGCUUCUUCUUGUUCUUCGUGUGAUAGCCCCAAACACCCGGAGGCGCCACCGUGCAGGGCGAUCGCUGUUUUUUUCUGCCUGCACUGUUGCCCAUCGAGCAGGGCACAAGGAUUCGCAAGUGAAAAGAAGACAACGCGCCCCCUCGUUUGAGUCAUCGGCAAACGGGGAGAAAUUUCCCCCUUCAUCGCUGUACAAAAAAACACAAAAAAACCGCGCAGCACACAGAAAGUGACAGCAGCAACAGGGGCGGCAACAAGAACGGCAACGAAAUGCAACGGUUCGCAACACAGCAGGCGCUGCGGAAGAUGCCCGAUGUUACGGGCACCGAACGUGUGAAGAAGUUCAUGCUGUGAAGCGAUGCGCCAGCUUGGUGGCGGAAUCCGUGCCUUAUCGACGGUCGAGCACUCAGUGACGAGGAGCGGGACCCUUGCUCGACGAAACCACGACCAUGAUGAUGAUGAUGGUGGGAAGGUUCGAAUGAAAAUGUAUGAUUCAGCAACGACAGAAAACGAUAUGAGCGAACGAGCAGCAGCAGCAGCAGUGCAGUUACCGCAAGCUUCCUUCACGCGACCGCCGAUGCGGUCGGUUUGACGCGGAGAGGGAGCAGCAUAGGGUGUCGCGCAGGUUGUCUUGGUUUGACGGAUUGCAUGCGCAAAUGAAUGAUUCACGAUCGACGGCGGCGCGAGCUAACGAACGAACAAACGAGUGCGAACAAAACAGCCCCUGAACCUAGGGGUAGAUAGGAGGACAGAGACAACGCAACCAACUGCCACAAAGAGAGCGACGGAGAAGAAAAAGAAGACGGUGUCAAAAGUAGCAACGAGGCAUUUGUAUUUUUUCCAGCACGAGCGUGACUGCCCUAGGCGGACGGUUAUCAUCGAAUUAGGUCCCGCCGGGUCUAAUCGGUGAUAAACCCUGUCUGCGCGUGUGUCUGCCUGUGUGUGUGCAAACGAUGGGUGAUGCGAAAGUGAAACAGCAGCCCUUUUUCGGGAACCAAACCCAUCAGCAUCAGCACCAUCACCAUCAUCAGCACACUGCUGCCACACCACACGAAACCACCACACCGAUCGCUUCGACAUCGAAAGCAAACGGCACGGCGACCGCAACCAUGGGAACGGUAGUGAUGGAUGCGAAGCAUGCGACCGGGGCGCUGCUGGGAAGCCCCCAACAGCAGCCACCGGGAAAGGAAGCAAUGGUUGGCACUACCACCACCAACACCAACACCUCCACCACGGGCACGCCGGUCGCGGGGAAGGACAAAAGCCCGGCUAGCCAAAAGUACGAGCAGCUGAAGCUGCGCAAGCAGGAGCUGGAAAAGCGACUGAACGAAAAGUACAGCCAGCUGCAGCAGAUCAAGCGCGAGGAGGCGCAGCUGAUCGGGAUGUAUCCGAGCGAUUUCAGCUGCGGCAUCGGACCGACCGGUUCGACGGACGGUGUGAACGGUACGGCGGGCUCGGGUGGUACUGGCGGAGCAAUGGGAACGGGCAAUGGGACGGCACCGACGUUGCGGCGCAAAAUCGGCACCAGCUUCAAGCUGCCGGAAAACCUGCUCAACAACAAGGAGGACGACAUCAACAAGCUGCUGCUGGAGAAGCAAAUACAGCAGCAGAUCUCGGAGGCGUCCCUGCGGCUGGCCAACGAUAGCGGCCAGCCCAAGUCGGUGCGGCGAACGCACAAGCAAAACUUCGAAAUGGCGCAGCAGAAGCUGCUAGCGAUCAAUCAGAACCUGAGCGUGCUGAAGAAGCGCCAGCAGCAAAAGGAGCAACAGUUGCAGCAGCAGCAGCAGCAACAGCUCAAAGAUCAGCAGCAGGCAGGUGAAGCACACCGGCCAACCUCCCGGGAUGAUAUCGAUCUGCACAAGACGGCCCAGGUGAACCGUUUCCGAUCGAACAGCAAUAGCAGCAGCAUGCUGAUGCAUCUGUCCGAGCGACGCAACUCGAUCAAAUCAAACACCUCCUCUAAUGCGUCCGGCAGUCUCUCGGGACAUCAUAUGAUGCUGCAGCAGCAGCAGCAGCAGCAGCACCAACACCUUCAUCUUCAGCAGCAGCAACAGAUGCUGCAGGUACAAAUACCCGCCGGUCAUUACCAUCUUUCGCAACAGCAGCUCCACCAGCAGCAGCAGCAGCAGCAGCACCAGAGUCAACAGAUAUCGCCCUACUCGAUCCACAGCGGCAUCAUGCCGUCCGGUUCGCAGAGCAUGACGUCGGCCGCAUCGGCCGCCAUGAUUUCGCAGCUCAGCAUGCUGCGGCACCGGGCCCGCACGGACAGCUUUCCCGGCAUCGCCACCAGCUACGACACCGUGUCGGCCGGUUCGGGCGCCACGGAGCAGAGCUUAAAAGUGUCCCCGCUCAGCGGCAGCGGCAGCAUUGCGAGCGGUGGCAGCGGCGCACAGCAGCCGCAUCCCCAUCUGCACCCUCAUCACCAUCAUUCGAUCGGUCCGGGACCGGCACGGAUGAACCGGCUGAUACAGCAGCAACUUGGGGCGAAUAAUUAUAGUCCACCGGCGGCGGGAAGUGGCACGCCCGGGUACGUGCUCUCACCAACGGCGGGUGGCAACGGGCAGGCGUUUGUUUACGAUGCGAAAGUGAUCUCAAGGCUGCAGGGUGGUAGUAAUGGUGCCGGUAUGAACAACAAUCCCCGCUCACCGCAAGCCUCAGCACCGUCCGCUGCGUACGGUCACGCGAUAAACGAUCAAAACUACUGUCCCAACGCGAUGGCUGCGGGCGCGGGACAAAGUGGCGCAGCGUAUGAGUAUACCGCCCAACCGGAACAACCGACGUCAGCAGUACCGGCCGGGCUCGGUGGCUACUGGAUGACGCUGGAAAAUGGUGAAAAAGUUUGGUGCUCGGUCGAUAAUCGUCAAUUUUCCAGCCUCGAUCGGAAGCAGCAGGGUGGCAGUUCCGGCGGCAGUAUGAAACUAUCGCGCACCAGCACCAAGCUGAACGGCAACAACAAACCGGCCGGCCAGUUCAGUGCCGCCGUCACGCCGGCAGUGAAAUCUUCCUCCCUCGGCAACUUCCAGGAGUACAUCGGGAAGGCGUCGCCGCUGGAUGAUGCCGACAUGAUGACCGUCCAGCCGGAUGCCAUUUCGGUCACGUCCGGCUCGAGCGAGCACAAAAAGCGCGAAAAGGUGUGGCGUGAAACGUCGCUGGACAGUCCGGUGGUGAAGCACAAGGCGCUACCACCGGUAUCCACGUCGCCGGCCGGCCAAAUGUCACCGUCGUCGAUCGGUAGCGGCCAGUUGCUGCAUUCGCCGCACGGUGCCAUCCCGCAGUCACCGCCCUACCCAGUGCCGCCGAUGGUGGGCGGCAAUCCACCUACGGCACCGCUGCACAUCAACACGAACGUGUCCGGGUACGGUGCGGGACCGUGCUCGCCGUUGCUGCUCUCGCCCCAGCAGAUGCGCUACUAUCAGCAGCGCCAGCAGCAACUGCUCGAGCAGCAGCGACAAAAGAUCAAACAUCUGCAGCAGCAGCAACAACAACACCAGCAACACCAGAGGCUCAUGAUGGAGGAACAGCAGAAGCAACAGCAGUUUCUUGCCUCCUCGAAACAGCAGCACGAAUCGAUGCCGUCGCCCCAGUCCCCGAUGGGUUCGAUCGGUGCAACAUCCUCGACAGCGACGACCGGUGAACCCUACGGCAACAGUCCCUACGCUUAUCAGCAAACGCCACUCGAGCCACAGUCCGUUCCACCGUACCACUCGCGGCAUCAGCAUCCGCCACCGCCACCAUUGCCACCGCCGAACCAACACCAUUACCACCAUUCGCAGCAGCUGCACAACCGUCUGCAGCAUUCUCCCUCCGUUCCUUCCCCGCAGCAUCUCGAUCUCUUGCCACAGUCCUACUCCCAGCAGCAGCAGCAGCUGUCCGACCAUCAUUCGCCUUCCCUCGGGCAUCACGGGCGCGGUCAGCAGCAGUACCAGGUGCAUGCCGAUUCCGGCUACUAUCCUCACGCUGCGGGCCAUCUCGCCAACACGCUCUCCUCCCGCCAUCCCGAUCUGGUCAUUUCGCCCACACUGUCGCAGGCAUCGUCCCACACGCUGACGUCGCCCACGGCGACCACCGUCGUGCAGGCACUACCGGUCGUGGGCGGUGCCAAGGACAACAGUGGCUUUUCCGGACCGUCCUCGCCAACGCCGUCGUCCGGCAGCAAAGGGCCGGCAGCGCCACCGUCCGACAUUCAGAUGGAGUCGCCGAAAAACAUGACCGUCGUGCAGCAGGGCAAGAUCAUGCCCUACAAGGAGGUGACGAAACCGUUCGAGAUGUCCGAUUUCUACAAGUACUCCACCAAAUACCGACAAAAGCAACAGCAGCAACAGCAGCAGCAACAUCAACUGCAGCAGCAGCAACCAUCUCCGUCGGAAGGGUGUGGCCCGGUGGUGAUGGGAAAUGAAGGUGAGGCCGGAUCGGCCGGCGGUGACGGAAUACAUAAAGGUAUCUAUCAGCCGCCGAACCGCUCCAUUUGUCAACCGAUCGUUAACAACUACAACUGAAAAGAAUGGGAAGCAAACAGGGAAGGGAAAUGAGAGGCAUGCAUUAAUGGCAAUUGUGAAGAUUUCAAUGUUGACCCAAUGUAAACAUAUUUAUUGAUAAGCGUGCUUGGGGCGGAGAGAAACGGUCUCUGCGUUAGGGUGCUGCUGGCACAGAGAGCUCUAAGACAAGAAGAAGUGUAAGGCUAAGACUAUUGUACCUGCCGUUGCGACGUUCCGUGUUCCGUUUGGGGCGGCUUGCGUUGUGUGGUUCCUCCUCACACGAUACGCAAACACGACCCUGCGUCGAAAUUGUUUGAUGUUUUUUUUUGUGUGUGUGGUAGCCCAAAAACCCAACGGGUGUGCGUGUGUGUUGUAAUGUUUGUCGUUGGAUUUUUAUGUUUAUUUUGCUGCGUUCCGGGUUUUGUUAUCGCUCCGGCAGCGCACCUUCUCGUAUCGAUAACGCGGUGGUGUUUCUUUGACCACCUGUAUGACGCGGGACCCUCGCGGGAAUUGACUUCUGUGUAAAGCACAAUUGGUACACACAUCGGAAUGGUAUUUUUUCCGUUCCAUGUUUUUUUUUUUGUUUGAUUUGUUAGCAAGUAAAGUUUUUGUUUUGCCUCUGGUAAAAGGGACACAACUCUUCUCCUCAUUUCUUGUAUUGUGUACAAGACCAUGUAGGAUGAAGAAGGCAUGUGGCAGCAAACGAGGCUGAGUCAUAAUUUUGGCAUGAAUUUUCAAAUGUUUUGUAUUAUUUUUUCAAAAGCUCUUUUUUUAUUUAAAAAUCCAACCCGACAAAUAUUGAUCAUUUACAAAUUUGUACAAUUUUAUAAUCUAAAUCUAUUUCAAAAUUUUGAAACCAUACACCAAGCGGAACACCAGGGACGAGGAUCGAGGUUGAGUGGAAUCAAUCAAUCGGAUGAGUUUUAAAUGGCCACAAUGUGGCGCUGUAUGUUUCAAGUUUUGCGUUGCAUUUGCGUUCCGUUUCCACACUUCCACACAAAUUAAAUCAAGAAAAAAUAGAGCGCAUCUGUAAUCGUUUCCUUAUCAGCGUGCUAAGACAAUAAGGUUACGUGUAGGAGGAAUUUAUAACUGGAACAUACCAAAAGCCAAACAACGAUACAUUAGCUAGACAGUAUACUCUGCGCCUACUAACUUACAUUCGUUUCAUCGCUAUUUGGGUGAAAUAUUUCACCCGCUUUCGUCAUCCUUCCCGCAAGAAUACAAGUAGAAGAGAUAUUUUAGCCAAUAUACAACACUGACACUCGGUAAGACUGAAAUAGUGGAAACUAUCGGCGGAAGCAACGAUACAGCUGUUUGAAGGUGCACACUUUGCCCAGCGAUACAGCGACACACGACAUACUACGCCUUCAAGCUGCUGACACGUGCGCUUUCCGCUACUUCCUACAAAACAAGACUUACUCUACCGCAUUUUGGGAUACGAUACUUUUGUACUGUUUGUCCUCCAGGUUUGCCCGUUGAUAAUGCAAUACAAUACGAUAACAGUAGCGGUAGCGAAACUUCGCGCAAAAGACUUGCAGCAUUUGACCAAGAGAAGAAUAGCGUGAGAUACAGAAACGGGAGAGCUAUUGUAAGAUUGAUAUGUGUACUGUUCGGUGCAGUAGAAUUAGCUAGGAACAAGCGUGUGGCCUUAUGAUCAUCAUCCAGAGUUUAAUCAAUCACUUUCAUAUUAGUGUUAUAAUGCUAGCGUGUACUUCAUUAGCAGGUAAAGGAAGAAUGAUACACUUUGUUAUUUAAUCUGCAAUAUUAAAGCCCCUUUCAGAUGGAAGAUAGUAGAUAAUAGCUCCUCCCGGUACUCAAGAAGACCCCUUGCUGACUGUCCUUUUAUCAGCUAGGAAGUUAGUUAAUUAGUUUGUAAUCGUUACGUUAACAGUUAGCCGAUACAAUAGAGGUAGAGACGAUAGAGGAAUACGACCCCGGGUAGUGUGCAGGUUGGUUAGGUUUUGCGACGGUUACACGUUGAUCUAUCCCGAUUGUUAAAAUAUCUUCCAUAAGGUAGUAAAAUUACAGAAGAGCAAAAGAAAUGAUGUUGCUCGUGUUCACUCACACGCCUAUACUCGAAAAGGGAGCUAGGUACGUAAACGAAGUACGAAACAUGAGCCUAAACCGCAUGGAAAGUACCAAUCACUCCCUCUCUGUUGACAUUAAUAAGUUCAUAUUAGGUUUUUGGUAAGGCGCUAGGUCUUGUUUAGUAUGUAAUACAAUCUUAAGCAAAGUGUUUAGUACCGUACGAGGGAAUGAUAGGGAAGAACAACAGAAUUGGUGAUAAACAUUGUAACAAACGCAUCGAUGCAUAUAUGUAGCGAAAAUAUUUGUAAAAAAAAACAGUACGUUUUCUAAUGUGUGCGCGCGCGUGAAGAAUUUCUACAGCGUGCGCACACACUGUGUUGUGUGCGAAAUAAAUGAAAAUUUUGUAGAUUUUUUGAAAAGAAAA